AUGGCGGAAGGGAUGGAAAAUGGCGGCAGAAAAUGUGGUUGUUGCAGAGGUGCCGCAAAGGAGAGAGAAAAGCAGGACAUGAGGGGUAAAAGGGAAGAAGGAACGAGGAGGAAAAACUACAAUGUAAAGGGAAGGAUAGAAGCUUCGGUUCUCACAAGUCACCAUCAAUCAUCCUCUCUCAAGAUCAAUUCGAGUAGUACGUUCAUCAUCUCCAGUAAUUCAUCAUCUCACAAGCGCGCAAUAACUGCUGGUUUACUACGCAAAGCGAACACAGCAAACAAGGUUUAUAAAAGAUAUAAACUGUACUGCCAACAAAUGCAAUCAGUUGUUACAUCAUUUGAAUCUGUCGCGAGCCUUGGAAAUGCUGCCCCAUUUUUAUGCUUUGUUGUUAGAGCCAUGUUUAGGCAGUUCCAGUGCUUAAAGAAUGCCAUUCUGGAUCAAAUUCGCGUCACUAGUAAAGCUUUUGGUAAUGUAGACGCCAGGAGAUAUUCUACUCCAAGUUCCUGCUCAGACGACAAAGGUCUAACUUCUAACUUUCUUCAACAUCCUGUGUGGCGAUCCCAAAGAGGAUUUCCUGAUAAGACAGUUAUUGUUUUGAGAAAUUGGCUAUUUAAUCUUACUGAUUCUGACAAACAAAUGUUGGCGGAGAAGACCGGCCUAUCAAGAAGUCAGGUAUCUAACUGGAUCACCAGUGCAAGAGUGAGGCUGUGGAAGUCGUUGGUGGAUGAAAUGCACGCGCUUGAGAGACUGAAACUAUUUGCAAGUAAACAGGAGAAUCCAAAGCUCCAUUGUGCAGCAGCUCAAAGUGAAGAUGAUCCUGAAACAGAAACGGGAUAUCCAGAAUCAUAUCACUUUGAGCUCAAAGUGAACAGGAGAAUCCAGAGCUCCAUUGUGCAGCAGCUCACAGUGAAGAUGAUCCUGAAACAGAAACGAGAUAUCCAGAAACAGAUCACUUUGAAUUUCAGAAUGACGCGGAACUAAAAACUGAAAGUAAACAGGAGAAUGGCAUCGUGUCACUUGUCAAAGGAGAAGAGUUACGUUCUGCAACAGCUCAAACUGAAGAUGAUCGUGAUACAGAAAAGAACAAUCAAGGAUCGGAUAACUUUGAAUAUCAAUAUGAUGUGAAACUAAAAACUGGGAUGCAGACCACUGAUUUAGGCAAUAAUCACGAGAGGGAGAAGAAGAAAAACGGUGCACAUAUCCUUAAUUUAAGUGAUGAUGAGAGAGUGAAGAAGAGAGUCAGAAGAUAUGCACCUGUAGAAACAGAACAAAAUGAAUGGUAUUGUAUGGGUGCACUUGGAGACAUCAGGGGACCCUAUAAAAUGUCAAUGCUCAAGCAAUAGAAUGAAUUAGCUGCUCCAUUUGCUAACAAGUUCAAAGUUUGGAAGAUAGGCCAGUGUGAAAAAGAUAGAGUGCCGUUGCCAGAUGCUUGUCGCUUAGUCUCCACAAUUAGCACUAGCCUGCUUUCUCUCUUUCUUCAAGCACAAGAAGUUCGCACUAGCCCUUCUUUCAGAAGCAGAAGCAAUUGGCAGAAUAUGGAGUACAUGUAUCAAAUAGUUUUACUUGGAUUACAAAGUAUUAGAAAUAUGGAAGAGAUAUUUUCUCCAAACCCGUACACUCAAGAGAAGAUCGAUGAUGUUCGAGAAAAAUGGCGUAGAUACUUUAUUAGUAGUUGUUUGUAGUCAUUUUCUAGUUUUCAGAGAUAAAAAUUAAACUAUAACAAAUUGUAGGUUAUUUUUUGGAAUACAAUUAUUUAUACUUGUUGAACCAACUUUCUUGUUUGAAUUAAUACAAAUAUAUUUUCGCAAUUCUACAAA